AUAGCUCCCCCCACAGACAGAGAAAGAAGUGUACCACAAAGUAGAUGAUCUGCACCUAAACAAGAUUAAGGAUCGAGGACAGACCCAGUUUAGUGCCAAGCUAUACGCUACAGGGGAACAUAAAACAUGCGUAUGAAAGGCAACUGAAGACCAAGGGAAGUGUGGGCACCUAUUUGGGGAAAAAAAAAAGGAUGAAAAAUGCUUGUAAGUGACGCAUCCAGAAGGACCUCAUGCAAAUAAUUUGAAAAGGUCUAAAAAGACCCCAAUUCCAACCCCAUCACCGUGAAGAGUCGUCUGGUCUCUUAACAGUACCGUAAGCAUUGCCCAAACAGUUACUGUCCACUCUACAUCCCGGAUGUGUGCUGGAAGAUCAGGCUGACAAGACACACGUGGCACGUCAAGGGUCAUACUAGUAGAAAAUGGUACUGCAGAUCAGAACAGACCGGGAUGAAGAUACAAACAGCAGGUCACCAAAAUGUACCCUACUUAGCCCUUGCACUCACCGACUGGUGACAAAGGAUGGACACAGCAUGGUCAAAGCUGGGAGAAUGCAAGGUCAGGGUCUGACAUAUCUCCGUGAUAUUUGGGGGUUAUUACUAGAUAUGCGCUGGCGCUGGAUGAUGCUGGCCUUCUCUGCAUCCUUUCUGGCCCACUGGCUGCUGUUUGCAGUUUUCUGGUAUCUGCUGGCUGAGAUGAAUGGGGAUCUGGCAGUGGAUCACGAUGCACCUCCAGAGAACCACACCAUUUGUGUCAAGUACAUAACAAGCUUCACCGCUGCUUUUUCUUUCUCAUUGGAGACACAGCUCACCAUUGGAUAUGGCACUAUGUUCCCCAGUGGUGACUGCCCAAGUGCCAUUGCUCUGCUAGCUGUACAGAUGCUUCUUGGGCUCAUGUUGGAGGCCUUCAUUACAGGUGUUUUUGUGGCAAAGAUUGCAAGGCCCAAGAACCGGACCCCCUCAAUCAGAUUUUCAAGGCUGGCUGUGGUGGGCAGCCCUGAAGGAAAACCUUGCCUUAUGUUUCAAGUGGCAAACACACGCUCAAGUCCUUUAACAAUGGUGAAGGUCAGUGGAAUCCUAUACCAGGAGAGAGGUGAUGGGCAAAUUCAACAGGCAAAUGUGGAGUUUUCACUGGACAGUCAAGCUAGUGGAGCAGAGUGUCCCUUCUUCACAUUUCCCCUUACUUACUCUCACAGUUUGUGUUCUGGAAGUCCACUGUCAGUCUUGCUACAGAGAGAAUUAUUAUCUUCUGCUGGUCACUUGGAACUUGUGGUCUGUUUGUCAGCUACUCAGGAAAGCUCAGGAGAAAUCUGUCAGUGCCGUACUUCCUACCUGCCCAGUGAGAUUCUUCAAGGUCACCGGUUUGCGCCAUGCCUAACACGCCGGCUUGAGGGAGGAUACCGUAUAUGUAUGGAAUCCUUUGGCCGACCCCUACCGGAGCUUCCACAACCUUCACACAGACAACUGUACAGAACUGAUCUGGAGGUCUGUGCCAAUGGGCAGAGAGGGGACACCUUCCAAAUCUGUGAGACUGGUCUGGGGGAGUAACUUCUUGCAACCACAUUAUGGUCCUUACCCUUUCCAACCAUCCUAAACAGCCACGCCGACCCUUUACCAAAGGAACAGGUGUGGUGUUCAUAAGGUUCCUAAGAUUGUUCUGUGAUAGCUUAACUACUGUACACCAUGGACUGCUUCCCCUUUGACACAGAAGGGGUCAAAAGGGCAUUGCCCAACAGAGCUAACUAUAAUGACUCAGUGGUGAGCAAGCACUCCAGAGACGUCAGAGUAGGUGCAUGAGGCAACGUUGUGUGCAAAUUCAGUGUGAACGCUUAUAUUUUUAUGUAUCUACAUAAAAAAAAAAAAAAAAAAAAAAAAAAAAAACAGUGCUCCAAAAGUGUAAAUGAUACCAUGGACUAUAGGAAAACUAAGCCUUGUCAAAAGUCAAAGGUUUAAUUACAUUUUCCUUCAGAUAUUUCUGACAGCGCAGAGUGCAUUUGCAUUGCAAAUUUCAAGGUACAUAAUAUGUAAAAUGGUUAAAACUAGCUCAGUACAUAAAAGUGUAAACUAUACAUUUAUAUUACUAUAAACGCACGCACACAUACAUCAUCACUGACACUCUUAUGACAAACAUACAAGAUUCUUAAAGCAAUUCAGUUAUCACAGACAAACAAAAUAAUUGACACAUGUAUGCCAGUGGCAAGGUGGAAUAACAAACAUAUUGUAUUUUAAUGAACCUGACUAAACUCUUAGCAGAAUUCCUGUACUAACGUUUGGCAACCCUAGCUAACAGAAUACUCAGCCAAAGUCCAAAGACAGACAGAAAGCUGUCCAGAGCAAAGGGACUGCACAGGGACUGGUCCAGCGAUACCCCACUAUCUGCUUUUGACAAUUAUCUUGAAUAAAACAUGUGCUUCUAGUAA